AUGACCACGGCAGGCAUUUUUGUGCUCCUCUCCUUGGUGCUUUGCUGCACCCCAGACACUGCCUUUGGGGUUGAGGUGGACUGCAGUGUGUAUCUCAACACUACAAUUGACGAUGAAAAAGUGACGUUGGCCUGCACCAAGAUCCACAGCCCCAUCUGCGGUAGCGAUGGAGUCACCUACAGCAACGAGUGCCAGCUCUGUGCCUACAACAUAAAAUAUGGAACCAAUGUCAGCAAAGACUAUGAUGGAGAAUGCAAGGAAGCUGCUCCUGUGGACUGCAGUAGUUAUGCCAAUACAACAGAUGAGGAAGGCAAAGUGGUGUUGCUCUGUGCCAAAGACUUCAACCCCGUCUGUGGUACCGAUGGGGUCACCUACGACAACGAGUGCCUGUUGUGUUCCCGUAACCUGGAACCUGAAGCCAGUGUUGGCAAGAAGUAUGACGGUCGAUGUAAAAAGGAAAUUACAGUUGACUGCAGUGAAUACCCCAAACCUGUCUGCUCUCUUGAGUACAUGCCUGUCUGUGGCUCUGACAGCAAAACAUACGGCAACAAGUGUAACUUCUGCAACGCAGUCGUGGACAGCAAUGGAACUCUCACUUUAAGCCACUUUGGAAAAUGCUGAGUAUCAGUGCUGAGAGAAUUCACCACAGGAUCCCCACUGGCAAAUCCCAGCUAAAGAUCUCACCUCAGUUCAUCUCGCCCUGUGGGGAACUCAGCUCACUCCUGAUUUUCUUUCUCAAUAAACUAAAUCAGCAACA